GUAAACACUUCCUUUCCUCUAUUGCGCUUGCUCAUACAUCUAGAUACACUUAAGUCUGAAUCAACCAGCGCUCACAGUUUGUUCAUUUGCAUCCGCUGACAAACCCGGCCGCGUUUACGGGCCCCCAAAGGCCACUAGGGCCUACUCUAGUAACCAGAACUGCCGCAUUACCACAGAGUCUCAGGAAACAGGCUAAAAUGGCUCGCGAGGAUCCCACAACGCGGAUGCUGCGGUCGGGGUUCGGCAGCCAAGUGAAGAGCCAAAAUGAGUCGCUGCCUCAGUGGGGCUUUGGAACGGAAGGCCGUGACACCACGGGGAAGCUCUACUUGAGUAAGGAGCAGACGCGGGCGAUGCACGUCAGCUACUCCCAAGGACCGGUCUACAAGACAUACUCGGCCAUCGGACCCCAACCCGAGUCCAAGUACAACUCGUCCACGGCGCCAGGCUUUGGCACGUCGGGUCGUGCCCGGUCGGCACGGUCUGGGUCCCCUGGCCCUGGCACGUAUGAGCUGGAGGGCGGUCUAGGUCCCAUGAAGGAGUCCAAGCGCUCCACCUCGCCACGCGCCGUAUUUGGGACGGCCACGCGCGACCAGCAAAGCAAGGUGUGGCUAGACGAGGAGCUGAUGAAGACGGCAGGCGGGCGCGACUCUCCCGGCCCCAACACCUACCGCCAGCCGGGCGGCAUUGGCCGCAUGGUGGACUCCAAACACAACACCGCGCCCACGUGGCGGCAGGGCACGGAGAACCGCUUCCGCGACCGCUCGCCGAGCAAGGACGUGCCGGGCGCCGGCACCUACAAGACGUACGGGGCCAUCGGGCAGCAGACGCUGAGCCAGAAGAAGACGCUGCCGUCGCCCAAGAUCGGCACGGGGCACCGCGACGCGUUCAAGAAGAUCUUCAUCUCGAAGGAGCACGAGAAGGGCGCGUUCGGCGAGAACUCGCCCGGCCCCGUGACCAGCCAGUUCGUGUCGUCCAUCGGGCCGCAGAAGCUGUCUGUCAAGUCCAGCGCACCCAGCUGGGGCUUCGGCACGGGCAAGAGGAACAAGGGCUUUGGCUCGGACACGCCCGGCCCCGGCUCCUACUACGCCUAAGCAUGCGCGGAGGCGGAACUGGCGUCAGAGGCAGAGGACGAGGAGCGGCGCGGAGGCUGCGGUAGCAGCGACAGCGGCCUAAGCGCUCCCAAGGGCGAGCGGCUCUGGUGCAGAAGCGGCGGCAGCGUGGUGAUGGACCUGCAUGCAGCCGGUUCCCACCUUCCUUGCACCGCGGAGGGCCGUGCGUGCCUGCUUGCGGCCGCAGGCGGCACAUGUAGCAGCCCCAACACAGUGGACUGGGAAAUUCGACUACAUUCAUGGCUGGGCGAGGCUUCUUCCGGAUACUUACAAGGUCUAGAGUGAUCUGCAUUUGUGUCUUCCCUAUGUGGGCGAAUGGCCGUGCGAGCCAAGCAAUCGCUCCCCUACACGAGCGCCGCCCCCGCACAAGGAGGUGCGCGCGGCAGGUAUGGCGCGGGUCGGUUGGCAGUAUGAUGCGCGUGUGUGAGAGUGGAAGCGGGAUGCGCGAUGCGUUGACGCAUGGAGACGCUCCCGCGACGAGGCGCAGCGAUGGUACGGUAUCACGGAUGAAUAGAUUUUACUAGCUUGGGUUUGUGAGGGGUACUGGUGUGGAUAGCCGCGUGUUGAGUACUGUGCAGGCAGGCAGGGAAUUAGAUAGGGGGUGGGAACGGCAAGGAGUGACCCAGAGGACUGGGUGGCACUUGUUUCAAGGAAAAAGCACGCAGCGAGGUUGCUCCUGAGGAGUAGGAAGAAAGGCAGGAGCGCUGAGGAAGCGCUUCGUGUAUCCCGGUAGGUAGGUUUGCGUUUGAACCUUGAAGAUGGCGGUGUGCAUUUGAGUAUUGGAUGGAGCGGUUCUGCGCGCAUAUGCGUCGCACCCGCUGUUUGUAUUAGUGCGUGGUGUACAGCCGAUUGCACGAUUCUAGGGGUAGUCGUGGUGUAAGUCUUGAAAAGUUCAAGUCUGUCGACGCGCCGAGGGCACUGCAUGGGGUCGCCCACGCGUGUCACGGCGCGGCAGUGCGGCCUUGACUGCAGCACCGCAUGCCGCGCCUAGUGAGUCCCUCUAAGAACACCAGACACA